AUGCCUGCACGAAGGAGAAGAAGACGAUUUCCAGGACAAGGGAGAGUAAGACAAGUACCAGGACAAGGGAGAGGAGUGGGACAAGGGCAAGGGAGAGGAAUGCCUGGACGAGGACAAGGGGGCAGAGGAAAGCUCCUAAAUGAAGAACAGGAACUUGCUAUUGUCAACAUGGUGAUUGCUGACAAUGAAAUAAAACUGAAGGACAUUCUGUCCAGAGUUGUAGAGGACAACCUUGUCUUUGGGGACAUUGCAGCAAUCAGCAUAACAUCCAUUUCUUGGACUCUAGCUAAACACAGAGUCCGAAUGAAACAACUAUACAAAGUUCCUUUUGAAAGGAACGGUGAGAGUAUCAAAGAACUCCGUCGCCAGUACGUCCAGAGAGUCAUGGAUUUGGAGGCCAAUCAAGUCCCACAUGAAAUUAUCUACGUUGACGAGGCUGGCUUCAAUUUGGCGAAAAGGUGUCGGCGCGGAAGAAACAUAAUUGGCAAAAGAGCCACAGUUACCGUGCCGGGCCAGAGAGAAGCCAUCAUCACCAUGUGCGCCGCAAUCUCCAACAAUGGUGCACUCCUGCAUAAAUGUGAGAUUGGCCCCUACAACACCGACCACCUUCUCCUGUUUUUAGAAGACCUGCACGAAAGACUGGUGCCAGAGGUAGAAAGGGCACAGGUGGGAGACCACUUGCCAGUAUAUGUGAUCACAUGGGACAAUGUGGAAUUCCACCAUUCCUGUGCAGUCACAGCCUGGUUUGAUGACCAUCUGAGGAUGAUGUCCCUUUUCCUUGCCUCUUACUCCCCUUUCCUCAACCCCAUUGAGGGGUUUUUCUUAGCCUGGAGAUGGAAGGUUUUUGACCAUCGUCUACAGGACCAAAUGUCCCUCCUGGAUCCAGUGGAUGCUGCAUGCCAAGACAUCACAGCUGAACACUGCCAGGGGUGGAUAAGGCAUGGCAAAAGAUUUUUCCCAAGAUGCCUUGCCAGAGAAGAUAUCAGGUGUGAUGUGGAUGAGAACAUGUGGCCAAAUGCAGAAGACCGAGCAGAUUAG